GAGUGGAGAGGAGGCACGUGGGAGAGGAAGGGCGAGGGACCCGGGCCAGAGAAGCCCUUCGGAAAAGAGAGAUCUAAUGGGGUUCCCUUAAAGUGCCCUCCUCCUUCAAGAGCCGAUAAGUUAUGGUUGGUUUUGAUCCACGGUGCACAUCAGUGGUGACAGGAAAAGACGGUGCUCGUCAACUGAAGACGACACCAUGGAGCCGUCUAGUAAAAAGCAACAACAUCAACACAAGCAGGAUUUAGGAACUUCAACUAAAAAGAAGAAGGACAGAGAAAACAGGAAUUCCAUAUCUAAUGAUUUAGUUUUUGACUGGACCCAAAAGAAUGAGUUAGUAGUAGUGUCAGUACUAGUGGGUCCAGGUCAUGACAACCGAACUGUUAAUAUCCACACUGAGCCGACGCGACUGUCUGUGUCCCUGCUCGAUGGAAGGAAGUUCUCCACCAAGCUUUAUGAAACCAUUGUACCUGAGGGUACUUCCAUCUCCUUCAAAGGACCUCGUUGUAUUAUAAAACUUCUGAAAAAUGACCCCAACAUAGAAUGGCUUCAAUUAGAGCCUAACAAGAAAACCCCCGAGAGAAUUAUUACCAGCAGAGUAAAGUCAUCAUCACCGUCACCGGGCAAAAAUGCUGACAAGGAAGACUUUGAUGACAAAGUAGACAAUAAUGUCAUUCCAGUCACAAAUAUCAAGACUGACCAUGUGGAGAGAGAUGCAGAGUCUCUCUUAGUGAUAUUUCUUUACGUGAAAAAUGUUAAUAAAGAAACUGCUUAUGUUAAGUUCACUGAAGAUUCUGUGACUGCACGAUUCUCUACAAGUGAUACACGGUUCCUUCAGCAACACCCGGGCUCAAAUGAAGAAUCUUUAUUCGGAUGGUACUUGACUCUUAAAGAUAGAGUUGCCCUUGAUGAAUGCAAAUUUAAGGUUAAUGCAAAUAAUAUAGAAAUCAAGCUUAAAAAACAAACCAAAAAAAAGUGGGGCUCUCCAACUACUGUUGCACCUGAGACUGGAAGUAACAAAGUUGUCAAAAAUACAUGGAUGGCGGCAAGCAAGUCGGAAACCCCAAGUCUUUCCAAUAUCCCACCUGCACCACCAACACCACCAACCCCAACAGAUAGCAAGAAACCCAUGUGCUUAGUGUCUCCAGUGACCAAAGGAAUGCGCGGCAGCCCACCAACCAAUUACCCUUCCUCGUCAAAUGUGUGUGAUGGAGGUGGUACAGUUACCCCUCGAGGAACUACUGGUCUAGAUAACAUAGGCAACACUUGCUUCAUGAACAGUGUUCUGCAGUGCCUAGUCAACACUCAAGAACUCAGGGAAUAUUUCUUAGAUUCAAAUUUCCAGCAGGACAUCAACAAAGAUAAUCCCUUAGGCAUGGGAGGGAAAUUGGCUGUGUCCUUUGCCAUUCUCAUGAAGCUUCUGUGGUCGGGGUCACUAAGGUCACAUGCACCUACCAAGCUCAAGUCCAUGAUGUCAAUGAAGGCCAAUCAGUUUUCUGGUUUUGCCCAGCAUGAUGCUCAGGAGUUCAUGGUUGAGCUGUUAGAUGGUCUCCAUGAGGAUUUAAAUCGUAUUAAGAAGAAGCCUUACAUUGCCGAGCCUCCAGAUCUGGAUGGAUGGCCAGACCACAAGGCUGCUGGUGAAUCGUGGAAGCUGCAUAAGAUGCGUAAUGACUCUAUUAUCGAUGACCUCUUCAAAGGCCAGUUCAAGUCUACCCUUACUUGUCAUCAGUGUAAUAAAGUUUCGGUGAAGUUCGAUGAGUUUUGCUGUCUGUCUGUCCCAAUCCCGAAAGACCAGAAGAUCAUCCAAGUGAUCUUUUUCUGGAAGGAUCCAUACCAGAAACCCAAGAAGUUUUUUAUUAGAGUGUGUGCAGAUGCUGGAGUAGAAGAACUCAAGAAUGAAUUAUCAGAACUUACAGAAGUUCAGCCAAAUUGUAUUCAGGUGUUUGAAAUGUUCAAAUCGAAGAUCCACAAGAUAUUUGUCAAACAGGCUUCCCUAUCAUCUGUUGUUCCCAGUGAUACGCUCAUGGCAUAUGAAGUCUAUAAUCAGCAUCAGGUUGGAGAGCCUGUGGUGGAAGUAGCAGUGGUUCAGCGCAUGAUGAUUCCCAACCCACCCACCCGCUGUGCUUACUGUUCGAGAAGUGCUGCUCCUGGGACCAAGCUAAGACGCUGUACCAAGUGUUUUAGAGCUGGGUAUUGUCACCAGGCCUGCCAGAAAAAUCAUUGGUUGAAUCAUAAGGUACAUUGCAAGCUGGUACCAGAGCCAGUGGGUUGCCCGUUUAUCCUGUCUCUCCCGGAAAGCCAUGCCACCUACUCCCGCUUAACAAGAAUCAUGGAAGCAUAUGCUCGUUACUCGGUCGAUAUCUUCCAGCCUCCUGUUUCUCAUGAUUCAUCCCACAGAGGGAGUGCCUCAAGUAUAGACCUGUCAAAUGAAGAAAAUGAUGACAUGGAGGUUGAAGAUGGCGGCAAUGAGGAGAGAGGGGAAAACAGUGACGUGCUGAUGGCCAGUGAGAGUUCUCAGGGAGAUAUGCAGAAUCAGUGGCCAGAAGACUGUGCUGGGGGAAGUGAUGCUGGUGCUGCAGAUAGUGGAGGAGGCAUUGAUGGGGGAGGCAGCAGUGAUGGAGGAGGAGGCAGUGAUGGAGGUGGAGGCAGUGGCUGUGAUGAACCUCCACAGCUCUCCUCUUCUCCCAGUGUCCGGGCAGUCCAGCCAAGGGGAAGCCUUCAGUUACCAUCUGCAACUCAGCUCUUUGUUAUAAGGCCAGUCAAUAACCGAGCUCAGAACCUACCUGCUCCUAAUGGGGAGACUUUAGAGGAUAAAGGUGAUGAACCUUUGGACCUGAGUGACAAAUAUUACCUUGCCAUGGAUUGGAGAACCAAUGAAAGGCUGCCUGUCCACUGUCUUGUUCAGAACAAAGAGGUGGACUGUGAAGUAGAAGGUUCAUACUCGGUGCAGCGGAACCAGCAGACGAGCCUGGAAGCAUGCAUUGAUCUCUUUACACAGCCUGAAAACUUAUCAGAGGGAGAUUCUUGGCGCUGUCCAAGAUGCAAAAUGCCAGUAGAAGCAACUAAACAAAUGAGUAUUUGGAGACUGCCUCAUAUUUUAAUAAUCCAGCUCAAGAGGUUCUCCUUCAAAUAUGUCCUCUAUUCUGACAAGAUUGACAAGUUCGUCCAGUACCCUGUAAGAGGGUUAAAUGUGCAACCAUACAUGUCGUGUGAGCCUGAGGAUGGGCCUGCAAUUUAUGACCUUUAUGGAGUGAUUAAUCACAUGGGUCGCCUGCUGGGGGGUCAUUACACUGCAUAUGCUCGCACCACAGCAAAACAUGACUCCAGACAGUCUGAACUUGACUGGAGGUUGUUUGAUGACAGCAGAGUGAAUUUCUGCCCAGAAUCUCGAGUAGUAAAUGAGCAAGCAUACCUACUCUUGUACCGACGUAGAGACACGCCAUUCACAGUUCACAGACCUCUGCCUCCCCCAGCACCAGUCGUCCAGGAGGAAACUGUACCUGAACAAACGGCAGAGAUGGAAGAAGUAACACCUAUGUCUAUUUCCUCAACGUCACAGCUCUCAUCCUCACAACCUUCCUCCUCAAGCCUAGAGGGCGAGGAACAAUUAAGUACCACUCAGGAAGAACUUGACUAAACCAGCGAGUAGUAGCACAACAUGUUUAGUGUUAAACAUGUUAUUGCAGAAAUGUGGAAAUAAUGGCACUUUCCUUUUCUAUACUUGUAAAGCAUUUCUGGUUGUUGUCAGGCACUUGGUACAGUACCACAAAGCAUGUCAGUAUUUCUUAUGCCAUCCAUCAGAAGAAAUCAUCUCCUAAAAGAUCAGGUUUGGUUGUAUAAUUAAUGUAGCAAAACAUAGAUUAGACAAUUUUUGAAUUUUAUGUAGUAUUAAUUUAUUUCAUUUUCUGCAUAAUUUAUUUUUUUUAAUAAUUGUAUAAAGAAAAUGUCCUCCACUUUAAGAACUGGAAGCACAGAGAGGAAGGUGAAUGGGGAGAGUUAGUUUUCAUGAAUUUGUGGUACAUUUUAUUUGCAAGCAGUGAUAAGGAGUAUUAGUGUCUUGUGUAAGAUCCACACUGUCAUAUAUUAUUAUAUGUGCUAAAUCACUGACACUGUAAAUAUAAUCUUUUAUUGAAAAUAAAGUGUAAUUCUGCAGGUGAUUAGUGUGCAUUAAUGACUCUAAAAUUGUCAGUUUUACCUCAGGUGAAGGAAUACAUUGUUUGGCAAGUGGCUGCAUGAUACAGCACUUUUUCUUCAUAACCUCAUAGUUCAACAAAAAUGCUAUAAUGACUUUAGAUUUGAGCUCUUUAAAAUGAAUAUUUCUAUAUUUAGAGAACCCUUGAUAAAUAAAUUAUGGAGUUCACAGAGCCAAAAACAAUAGUAGCUUUAAUAAGAAAAAAAUGUUUUAAUCUCCUUGAUUCACAGAGAAAGGAAUAAGGGCAACUUGCAAAUGCAUGUUAGUUAAUUGGACUUUCAUGGGUUUUACUGAAUUGUCUGUAGUAAAUCAAAUAAGGAUGCGUGUAAGAAUUGCAUUGGUUUUUUUUCUCUGUAAAUAAAUAAUUUCCUUGUAUUAUCCUUCAAAAGAAAGUCUUUUUCAAACCUUAUUUCUGCAUUUCACCUAGCAUUAUACAUAAAAGUUGCUCAGACAUAUAGGCAUUUGUUCAUGGACUUAAGUAAAUAACUGCAGAAAACAAAAGUUAAUUCUGUUGUCAUUUACUUUAGCCCUCCAAGCAUUCUCACUGAUUUUACAUUUUCUGGUAGGAGCACUUACUAACUGUAAGGUGUGGCAUUGGAAGGGUUUUUGUUUAUGGAUGGGAACAUUUCCAAAGAAAGAUUGUUCUUAUCACAUUUUCAUCAGUUGUGUAUUUUUACCUGUUAACAUAGUCUCCAUUAGGUCAUUAUGUUGAAUGGUGCAGUUUAUAAAAAGCAAAAUAAUGGUUGGUCAACUAGCAUUUCAUGUGUAAUUUUGUGGUGUAGGCAGUGAAAUCAAGCCCCAUUAUAUUGACCAUAGAGAACUUAACUUCUGGAGAGUUGGUAAUGUAACAAGUGUGAUUGUUUACUUCCAAAUCAAGGUUGUCAGAAUCUGUGAGGCGAACAUUGUAAAAGAAUAUGAAAGUUAGCAUUCGUACAGGAACAAAUUCCUUUUCUUAUAUUCAGAAUUGUAAAAUAAAUGUUCUCAAUUUCUAGCAGUGACAGUGCAGAGGUUAACUUAAUUGUGGAUUGUUGGCACUGUCCAGAACUCCAUGUGGUAUGGGUUACUGUGACACAUUUGUGUUGACCUGAUAAAUGUAAUGGUUUGUAAUCCUUUGUGUUGUCUAUAUCUUUACCUCAAAGUAGAUACAAAACACUUCUUCCAGUUAUUGUGCAAAAUUAAUUUUAUUACAGUCAUUCACUAAAAUAUAUUUGGAAGGAUAUUCUGAAUCUCUCUUAGAGAUCUUGCUAAAAAAAAAAUCAAAUAAGUAUGAUUUGUAACUUGAUAUUUCCUCCUUAUUUUGUUGACUUUUUUGUGUAUGUUGCAAGAAAGGAAAGGGAACUGUUUUGUUGGAUCUAGUAAUGAGUUUGGAUUCUUUUUUUCUUUUGUUUCUAUUUUCAUUUUUCUGUUUCCUUUCUUUCAAACAUGAGAAUAGCAAAAUAUAAUGUUUAUAGGUAUAUGAAUUAAAUACAUAUUAUGCCUGACCAUGAGUAACUAAUUUGGGUAGCUGGAAGAUACAGGUCAAACCUCUAAACCCUUCAGACUGAAGAUUUCAUCUUUACCCCUCCUAAAUAAUCCUAGUCUCUCGAAGGUGCAUUCUGAACUUUCAAGAAAUUUGAGCUUUCCAGAGAGGCAGUGUUUUUAGUUUCAUUGUUUUAACCCCAUGUCACCUGGAAAAUGCUGUUUUCAUUGUAGUAUUGUUUUGUGAAAUGUCAGUACACAUAGAUGACUCCACUGGUGCUCAGCCACCAGUUAGUAGACUUCAUGACCUCACCUGAUUUCAUUUUUCCUUGAGUUUGCAGGAAUUGUUUCCAUCUUCAUUGAUCAUGUUCAUAUAAAUAUUAUAAUUUUGAUAAUGUUCUUGACAUUACUAAUAUCAGUAUAAGAUGAAAGAAAAUAUUUCUGAAAAUCAAGGGAAGGGUUAAACAGGUACUAGUGACUUCGUACUUCUAGAGCCAUCUGUGUGUAAAGACAAUUAAUAAAUGGAACCCAUUGGGCAUAGACAUCCCUGGUGGCAUUGGGUUAAUCUUGGAGAAAUUGAUUCUAUGCUGAUGCUUGUAGAAAGAUAACUGGGCAUAAUGGGAGUUAGUUAAGCAUACCUUUCUUAUAAGGAAGUCAGCAAGUUUUUGGUAGCCGAGUCUGAUAAAUUAAUUGAUAAAAUAACCUUCUAAAAUAAUCAGUAAUUUUUAAGGUACAUGUCUUUAUUGUCUUCCUUUGUAUAUUGGAUUCAUAAUUAUUCACUUGUUGGCUUGUAAGAUGACAUAAUAGCAUUUGAAUGAGGUUAAUAUUAUUUCGGUGGAUUGACCUAUAUUGUUGCAUGCUAGUCUUGAUCUGGUCACAAUAAUUCUUGGUAAAUUAUUUUGUUAACUAAGUACUCAUUGAUUUUUUUUUUUUUUUUUGACUGUAUGACAGGACAUUAUUUUUUUCUUACCAUUAUUUUUCUUCGUAAUUCUUAGCGAACCAGGCCAGGCUAAUGUGUAUUUAGUUUGUCAGAAUAACACUGUGCUUUUCUUCAGAAUUACACUGCUGUUCUUUAUCUGUUUAUAAAACUGAAGGUAAAGUUUUCCCUCUCUAUAGCUAUAUACUUUGAGGAUGAGAGGGAAAAGUGCAGAGGUGGAAUACAGUUCAUGGAGAAUUUUAUGUAAUUGGUUUUUUUUUUUUUUCUGCCAUUUAUAGUUACAGUUUUGUAAGUGAUGUCUCCCCAUUUUUGUAAGUGUUAUAUGUUCUGAAGUUGCUUCCUAUUCUGGAUAUUUCUUUGGUUGCAUAAGCGGUUUCUAUAUGUUGAAAGUGCUAUGCAUACCUGAGUCUCUUGUAUCUCUUCAAUUCUGCAUGUAGUGCUACUGAAUUACUAGACACUGAUCUAGAACAUACCUCAUUUCAUGUGUUAAUAUGAUAAGGUUAAUUUAUUUGUGUGUGCAUUGACUGUGUUUCACCCAGUUUUCAACUCUGUUGGAUAGUUAACUGACUCUUAUUUGGAUGUUAAUACACAAGAUAAAACUUU